AGAACAGAGCAGCUGUGGCGUGAGACGCUUCCUGCAGCUUAGAGGUAUACACUUUCUAAUCCUGAGAUUUACUUUAAACAUGCUGGAAACCUUCUAACAAUCUGAGACUCCAAUACAAUGUAGACGAGUGGAGGGGGAGAGGGGGAAGGGAGGCAUCUCCAAGCCUGGAGAAAUAUCAGGAUGUAUAUUAUUUUUUCUUUUUUCCUUCAUUUAUUUAUUAAUACAGUUCUUGAGGCGCAAACGGGAUUUGGAUAUGCGCGCUAAAAGUGUGGAGAAGUGAGUUUUUGGGGGCGCGCAGGAUGGACACUGCGGAGGUAAUUCUCUCCGUGCUGGUAGUUGUGAUCAUCAUAGUGUCGCUGCUGUCCAACGUCCUAGUGCUGAUCUGCUUUCUCUACAACCCGGAGAUCCGUAGACAGGUGCCCGGUCUGUUCAACCUCAACCUCACCUUCUGCAACUUGUUGCUGACCGUGGCCAACAUGCCGCUCACUCUGGUGGGACUCGUCAGCAGGGCUCAGCCGGGGGGAGACGGCUUCUGCCAGAUCGCGGGGUUCCUGGAGACCUUCCUGUCCACCAACUCCAUGCUGAGCAUGGCCGCCCUGAGCAUCGACAGGUGGAUCGCGGUGGUGUUCCCCCUGAGGUACCACUCCAAGAUGCGCCACAAGGACGCAGCGUUAGUUCUCGGCUACACGUGGGCGCACUCCAUGUCCUUCUCCACCGUGGCCGCCUGUCUCUCGUGGGUGGGAUAUCACCGGCUGUACGCGUCCUGCACCCUGUCCAACGCCAGGGCAAGCAGCAGGACCCAGUUUGUUGUCUUCACCGUGUUUUUCCACUCCUUUACCUUCCUCCUGUCUUUUAUAGUGUUAUGUUUCACAUACCUCAAAGUUCUUAAAGUGGCGCGGUUUCACUGCAAGAGGAUCGAUGUUAUAACGAUGCAAACUUUGGUGCUGCUUGUGGACAUACACCCCAGCGUCCGUCAGCGAUGCCUGGAGGAGCAGAAGAGGCGACGACAGAGAGCAACGAGGAAGAUCAGCACCUUCAUCGGCACCUUCAUGGUCUGCUUUGCUCCCUAUGUGAUCACGAGGAUCGUGGAGUUAUUUCCAGCAGUGCCAAUCGACCCUCACUGGGGAAUUGUCUCCAAGUGCUUGGCUUACAGCAAGGCAGCAUGCGACCCCUUCGUGUACUCCCUGCUGAGGCACCAGUACAAGAAGACGUGCACGGACAUCCUCAACAGGCUGCUAAAACGGAGCUCCCUAAAUGCGUCUGGGCGGCGGCUGGAGCAGCAGGGGAACAGCAUACCCACAGCUGAGUGAUGGAGGUUACUUGGAAACACGAACACUUAUUCAUUGCUGAUGAGGACGAAGAUAAAUAUUGCUGUUUCUUGUCCGCGUCUGCUUAGAUUAGCUCUGACAUUACAAAAAAACCAAGGUAAAAAAACAAUCACUACUGACAAGGGCAAACCUCUGUGCAGGAGUACCAACGGACUGCCCAGAGCUGCAGAUCAGCGCAAUGAACUCGCUGUGAGGACGAAAAACUGUAGAUUAUUUAUCUACCUGGGGUGAUAGAUGUGGUCACACAGGAAAUAUGGUCACCGUGACAGCUUGUGUAGGAUUCCUCUGAGAUUUUGUUACAUAAUUACUUUGUUGCAUAUUUGCUUUAAAAUAUAUCUUGUGUAAGGUGCUGCAGUGACUAGUUUAUGCACUGUUUAAGUAUGUAGCACUGAAGAUAAGAUUUUCCAUAAUAAAUCUCAAAGUUUCUCAAAUGUAUUCCGGUUGAAAGCAUACAUCACGGCAAACACUGCUGCAGUACAAUCAGACUCAGGAAUCCAGGCUUAAUUAAAUCAGACUCCAAAUUAAGCAGAUAAUCCAGACACUCAUUUAUUUCAUAUUCUUCAGAAGAUUGUUGUCCAAAUUUUCUCUUCUUUGUUUUUUUUUUUAGUUUUUUUAUCUGUAAACACGUCUUGUAAAUCUCUCAGUGACGUGGACAAACUGAAGUUUUGAAGGAAAUAUACCAGUUGCCGUUCCUGUAGUUGUCGUUGUUUAGCCAAGUUGAUAUGCAUGCAUUGGUAUUCACACUUUUUGAGUACUAAUUGAAAACAUGAAAAAAAAAAAAAUCUUGUAGGCUACAGUUAAUUGUUUUGAAACACCAAACAGAAGUACUUAAACCAAAAACCAGAAAUAAGUGAAGGCCAGAAAGCUUCCGGUCUUAAACAUCGCGAAAUACAUUUCCCAUCACCUACAGACUACAUGUUUCCUUUCGUUUUAUAUAUUAAGCUCUGAGUUGUAGGAGGAAUGAUUGAAUCAAAACCUAUUAAAGCUAUCAUUGCCUGUUUAGUUUUUAGACACACUGAGAUAUUUCGUCCACAUACAUAAGCUCACAUUGGACUAACAUUGACAUGGUAGUAGCAUGUUUUUGUUUUUGAGCUCCAAAGAAGAAAAGAAGUUAGAGUGUCUGAGACCCAAAUCUGCUUGAGUAUAACCUGAAUCCCAAUUUCAUCGAUCUCACAUCAACCUUGACAUCAAAAUCCCUAAUGGAUGCCUCACGUAUGAAAACCACAGAAUGCUAAUCUCUUCAUUUGCAUUAAUGUUGAUUUAUAUUUAUGUGGAUCAGUCACACACAGUACACAUCUGUCAUCACUGAACAAGGUAACAACAACUAUUUAUUGUUAAUAAUUGUUCGCUGGGUCACAUAGAAGAAGAGUUAGCAAGUUGCACUUUUUUUUUAUUAAGCUGAAACUGGACUCUAUCUAACCUAAAUACAAAUCUUCUGAUUAUGCUUUUUGGUUUUGUUUUUUUUAUUUGUAAGCACCUACUGUUAAGCUUUUAGUGAUCUGACCAAAUUUGAGGUUUUGAACAGAAACAAAAAUGUUGUGCCUUUAUUUGGACAUGAAUUCUUUCAGGCUCAUCAUCAUCUAAAGGCUGCAAUGAAUACUGCCAAACUGACAAAAGAUGUUUCAAAACAGUCAAAUUUGAGCAGCUUUUACAAGUUCAGAAUUGCAUUAUGUUAAUGUAAAUAAACGAAUUUCCAUCUGUCCAAUUCAGCUGUAUUACUAAAGCCAAAGUGGAUCAGAAUAUUUCCAAAAAGCUACGUAUUUCAGAAAUGUUGCACAUAGCAAUCCAUUUCAUGCACAACUUUUGACCUCCAAGAAAUGCACUGUGGUGUCUUUAUCUGCACAGUCACCCAAUCUCCCUGCAUUUCGGCUCUAUCUGCUUAUUUUGCUGUGUUCAGGUUUUAUGAGCAGAGGUUGUGUAAGUGUGAUAACAACCACAAAGAAUGACUUAAUGAUGAUGUUUUAAGUAGCGUCAGCUUCAGCUGCUGAUCUUGCUUGUUCUUUGUUUCUGUUUGACACGUUGACAUUUUUUGUGCUUUAGAAUUGUUUACAGCUUCUUUCUCUAAAAUAUAUUUUUGUAAAUUGGGUGACCUCAGUUUUGCUUUUGGAUCAGUGUGAAAAUGUAGACUGGAGUAAUCUUUGAGAAAUAUCCUAGUUUGCUUUGUCUUAAAUUACAUAAAGCCAGCCUAAAAAACUUAGUUUCACUGAAAGAGACUGAAAACAUUUAAAGAUUCAAAUUGUUUGAUGGGACCUUACCGAUGCAAAUGUUUUAGUCGUCAUGGAGUUUUUCAGACUUUGUUACAUUAUUGAAUUGGGGAAAAAAAAUAUUUGCAUAGCAUUAUUGACUCUUUUUAAUGUAAAUAGUGACAUGUAUUUGUUUUCAGCUCCCUUGAGCUAAUAUUUUGUUGGAGCUUUUGCUUCAGUUACAGCUGCACAUCUAUUAGGGCAUCGUUCCACCAGCUUUGCACAUGUAGAUAGUGAAAUGUUUGCCCAUGUUUUGGGUUGAUCUCAGCCAAGGCAUUGGUUUCAAUGCAGGGAUUUUCUUUCUCCCAGGAUUCCCCUGUUUUUAGUUCAGUUCAGGUUCCCUUCAUCUCUUACCAGCUUCCCUGUCCUUGGUUUAGAAAAUUAAGACCUACCCCACAACAUGAUGCUCCCACCACCAUAUUUUACUGUGAGAAAGACAUGUUCAACAUGAUGUGCAGAAUUAUGUUUGUGCCACAUAUCAUGCAGAUCAGAAGGGUCAAAUUUUGUUUACAUCUAAAUAGAACAUCAUCUUCUACAUGUUUAUUUAGUUCCCACUUGCAUUGGGGCAAACUGGACUUUUUGUAACUGUCUUUUGGUAACUGUUUUGAAAGCGUUUUUGCUACUCUUUCAAAAAAUGCCAGUUUUUGACAGAUCAGUGAACAUCUGAUUGUUGACAUAUUCUCCUGCUUAGCUGUGGCUCUCUCCAGCUCCUUCAGAGUUUCCUUCCUUCCCCACUGGCUUGUGUAUAAAUUUAUUUGUUUCAAUCAUGUUUUUUUUUAUCAGUGAUCACUUGAUCAGCGCCUGCAGUUAAAAAUCUUCAGAAAUUAGCUUGACUUGGCGCUGAUUACUUUUGUAAGGUAUUGUAAAAUUACAUUUUCCUCAAAUCCAGGCAGCUCAAUAAGUGAAACCUCAACGCUUAAUUUUUUGUAAAUUUCCACUUACAACACCAUGGAGGUGUGUUCACCUACGUAGUUUUAAAGCAGGCGGUUUUGCAAAAAGGCAUUAGGUUUUAUAAUAUUAAAUUAAUUAUGAAAUUUUAUCCAUUAAAAAGAAAACUGUUCCUGCUUCCAUCCAUUUAGUUAACUUAAUGUAUAUUGCAUCAAUUCAGGGCAGACGUAAUCUCAAAGAACUGUAAAGAAAAACCAUUGAAUCAAAUUUUCAUACAGAAUAUUUAAUCAAAUUUGUCUAACUCAAUCUGAUACAAAUACAUUCAGUUAGAUUCACUCAAAUUUCAUCCUAUUUUAAAAUGAUGCAGUCAAAAUCCAUUUAUAGCAAAAGAUGAUAAAAAUAAUCAUCUAUUCGAGGGAGCCUAGCUGAUUGCGUCAUGCUAUUGACUGCAGAAAUCUUUCAGAGACAGGAGAGACAGAAUAGUGAGUUAAUUAAUUCUGGAGUUGGCUAGUCGUUUCUGCUUAUUUUCUUCUGUACAAAUUAACUGGGAGAUUGAGCCAUAAAAAAAGGAAUAAUAAACAUGUUUUUCAAAUCUUAUUUUUAAUUGGUGUAAUUCAGUUCACAUGUUAAGCUGUUUAAUCCCCCACAUAUUACUAUAUCCCCUAAAGAUAUCACAGUACUUGGUUGAGCAGAUAUAAGAUCUUGCAGUCUGGUUUUGAGUGGCCCAGUGUUCAGAUGUAAGAUUUGAUCUCGGUUUUUCCCUACAAUAUUUUUCAGAGAAGCAAUUUUUUUGUACCUGAAUAUUCCUCUUGGUAGUUUAUAUAUUUUCUCCUAUCAAAUGGCAUUUAAUGAAAGAUUCCAGGUAACCAUGGGUGUCUUCAGUAUAUUGUGUAGCUAUAAAAGAUGACAAUAUAAGCUUUUUAAUCUCCACAAAUAGAUUCCAUUUUGUGAUUAUUAAGUCCAAUUUUUUCUGCUUCCUGGGUAGGUUAUGGAGUCCUAUAUAAGCUUGUGAGUCCUCUUGACUUAUUUGUUCCUCCUUAAUGUUAAUUAUUUUUCUUUCUGUAUCAGAAAAUAAGCAGCUUAUUAUAGAGCUGGCAUUACAUUUUGUUUAAUUCACCAAAGAAAACAGAAUAUUACAUGUACAGUAUUUAAAAAAAAAUAUUCCUAUCAUUUAAAUUUUCUUACAUUUUCUGAAAUUUUAACAACAACUUCAACACAUUUUAAUGGAAUUUCAAUAAAAAGCAGAGCAUACUUGUGAAGUGCAUGGAAGACAUUUUAGAAAAGACAGCUUUCCAUAUGUGGAGGGAAAGUGACAGUAUUCAUAACCCUGACCAUACAUGGUGGUAGCUGCAUCAUGCUGUGGACAUAUGUUCCUUUAGCUGUUAUAUAAAGAUGUUCUGAGUUGAUGGGAAGAUGUUUGUAUGCAUGUGUGUGCGUGUGUGUAUCAGUUGGAGGUGAAUUUACAGUUGUAUCUUAGCUGCAGAUGUAAGUGCAGCUAAAGGUUGUUUGCCAAAGUUUUAAUUCAGAGGAGCUGAACAUGAAUACAUAUCACAUUUUCUACGUUCUUCCACUUCACGAUUAAGCACUACUUUGUGUUGGUCUGCCACGUAAACCCUCCAUGACUUAAAUUUAAGUUUGUGGUUGUAAUAUGGGAAAAUGUGGAAAAGCUUAAGGGAUAUCAGUGGUUUUGCAGGACAUGUAAUUAUUUAGUAACUUUGCUUUUAGACCACUGUUGUAUUUUGGACACAUUUUUGUGAAAAAAUGCAACGUUGGUAAAGUAAUGAUGAACCAGUGCCAUAGUGACUGCUGUAAACCAGUGAUUUAAGUAUCACACAUGUAUUUAAGUUUCUAAUUGCAGAAAUUAUUUUAAGCCUAAUAUUGUAAUUUAUCACUGAUCUCUUCAUUACAUUGCAAGACAGGUGAUGCCUUAACUUCGGUAAUGUGGGGAUUUUUCCAUUUAUGUUAGAAUAUGUGUAUUUUUCUUGUACUAUAUACAUAGAGAGUGAAUAACUGCCUUAUUUAUUUCAGUCUAUUUUGUUAUAUCUGCAUCUAUAUUUCUCUGUACAAACAUUCAUUACUACUAUCUUUAUUGUAAAGGAGAUAAAUAUAAUAAAUUGUGGACAGACUGAAAUUUAGAACAGUAUUUUUUGGCUCUUUUGAUAUAUGUACUUGUAAUUUAUGUUGGCAUUUUACAGAAUGUGCUGCUUCAAUGGUAAAUGAGAGUUUAGUUCUUGCGUAUUGGUGUAACAUAUUUCGUUUUAUUUGUUGGUGACUGACUUGACUACUUUGAGUGUUCAAUUUAUUUAUUAAACAUCAGUUGGAAGCUGCUAAAUAGGACAAAUGGAAAGCAAUGUGAUUUUAUUUGGAAAUAAGGGAUUUUGAUAUUGUGUUUGUUAUUCUGAUAACACUGACUUUUAGAUUUUGGCCAAAUUGUAGUAGAUAUGUUUUUUAUGAUGCUGCUCAGAAUAUAUGCUUUUUAUUGAUCUUGAUGAGAAACAAUAAAAAUUGA